GACCUUCCCUCAUCACUCCUGAAUCCUGAAUGAUGCGACCUAAUUUCUAGGCUGAACUUCCGUCGCAACGUUCUCUUUUCCUAAGGGUUAGCUCUCACCUUCGCCAUUUGAGGGCGAGUCUAAAGCAUCCUUUUGUGACGUUCCGGGACGUCACAAAGAGGUAGCAUUUCGUGUCUCUAGUUCCCGGAACGAUUUAGACACCCGCUGAGGCUGAGGGUCUCUGUCCCGCCAUUGAGCAUCUCACAGCGAUUUAGACACCCCACGCGCGAGCGCCAUGGUCGGUCGGAGCCAGCCGUCCUCCAUCUUCCGCCUCUUGCUGACCAUUACGAAACGCGCAGCCGCGUCUGACGCCUCGUCUCUCACAUGGGGUGCUGACGUGUCGCAGGCCCUCAAAUCGCGGGGCCUCCCGCUGCCGUCGCUCGACCUAGCGGAGGCAUUGGCGGAAGCACUGAGCCUGUGCGCGGAUAGCGCCGCGCGCAAUGCGCUUGCUCCGCCAGCUUCUGCAGGCGCGGCGCAGGCAGUGCGGGAAGCCGCGGAAGGCGGGAGGAGGAGAGAGGAGAAGGAGAGGGAGAAAGAGAGGGAGAAGCGGAGAGGGGAAGAGGAGGAGGAGGAGGGGCGGGUAUGGCAGUAUGUGGAGCACGGCAUGGCGUGUCACCUCGUCGUGCCGCUGCACGUCGUAGCUCUCCUCGCUCGCAGCGCCAUUCAGCAUCGCUGGCGUCGUCCAUCGUCCUUCCACCGCUUUCUCUCGCUUCUCUCCGACGCCCCUCCUCUCCUCUGGGCUCCCUCCCAAUGGCCGCCCUUGCCCCUCUUCCACUCCUACCUCUCCUCCGCGAUCUCCCCUCCUCCUCCUCUUCUCUCGCCCACCAGGCGCCACAGGAGCGGCGGCAGCACCUCAGGACAAACCCCUCGGCAUUCCCAAGGGGACAGGGCAGGGCCCGAGGGCGGCAGGGGCAGCUUAUCUGACCUGGUGGCGCGCUUUGCCCUGUGGCUGGCGAGCGCGCUGCUACGUGCGGUGCUGGAUGACCUAUCUGGGCGCAAGCUGCGCAGCAUGGCUGUGAAUGGGGAGGCUGGGAGGGAGGAUACGGGAGGGGAGGAUGGUGGAGGAGGAGUGGGGUUGAGGAGUGGAGGAGCAGCACAGGCAGCAGGGGCAGGAGGGGCUGGAGAGGGGAUGGAACAUGGUGGCGGUGGCAAUGGUGGCGGCGGCAACGGUGGUGGUGGUGUGGGUGUGGGUGGAGGGGAAGGUGCAGCAGCAAUGGAAGUUAGUGGCAUAAGUGAUGCUGCCGCUCAUGUGCCUGCUGCUGCUUCUGAUGGAGAUGCAUGUACUGCAGCUGCCACCAUCAUCAAGCCAGCUACUGGUGGUGGUGGUGGUGGUGGUGCUGCUGCUGCUGGUGGCGGUGGCAGCGGUGUGGAGUCGGUAGUGGAUGUGAGCAGGUGGCGGGAGGCACAGUGGGCGAGUGUGCGGGAGAACGUGCUGCUGGCACUGCAUGUGGUGGCCACCAUGCUGCAACAUGCGCAAUGGAGAGUGUGCCUGCUGCAAGUCGCACCCACACACAUGCCUCUCAUGUUUCAUCGUUUUCUCUCCCUCGCCUCUCUCACCGCCCGUCUCGCUGCUGCCGUCGCCUCCUCCCCACCACUCUCCCUCCAAUCGCAACCACCCGCCACUCCUCCUCCUCCUCCGCCGCUCCCUCCCAGCCUCGCUCUCCCCCCCUCCACCCUGCACCUCUUCCCCCCUUCCAAACCGCACUCUGCCUCCCUGCUGCUGGCGCGCGCACUCAAGGUGCGCGAGGGGGUGAGACGGGCGAGAGUAGGGGGGAGAGGGGGUGGAGGAGGGAGGGGGGGAGCAGGAGAAUGGAGCAAGGCAGGGGACGCUGCUGGUGCUGGUGCUGGCGCUGGUGGUGGUGGUGCUGGUAACGGAGAGGGCAUAGCAGACGGUGCUUCAGGUGCAGUAGCAGCAGCACACAGCAUGAGCAGCAGCCGUGCUGGCCUGCAAUCGUCUGCCACCACUCUCCUGCCUCUCCUCCUACACUCCAUCGAAACACCGGCAUCACCAUCACUGUCACCCCCAUCAGCAGCAGCAGCAACAGCCCGCCAGCAGCAGCAGCGCCAAUCCUCUCUGCUAUCCCCCUCUGCUGUGCUCCCAUCCCCGUCCCCCUGGCUGGCGUUGGACCUGCUGCUAGAGGCGUACGUCACGAGCAAGAGAGUGCCGGCCGCGCCCACCACCAUCGCCGGCCAAAGCCCCAGCAGCAGCAGCAGCGCGGGCGGUGGCACGGGGGUGGGUGUGCUGGCGCCGCCUCUGCUGGUGGGGUGCUGCUGGAGUGACGAUGGCUGCAGGGCGCUGCCUGAAAGCAUUGCUGAGGUGCUGCUGACUUUGAAGCUGCUGCACGGGGCGUCAUGGCACGAGUGCCUGCUUCACCUCUUCCUCUCCCUCUUCCGCCUCGUCGCUCGCUCCCCCUCCUCGGCAAGCUCUAUCCCUGCCGGUCUUCCUUCCGCCCCCUCGCCAUCUGCCCCAUCCCAAGACCCUGCUGCUUCUGCUGCUUCUGUUGCUGCUCCUGCUGCUUCUGUUGCUUCUGUUGCUUCUGCUACUUCUGCUGCUGCUGCUGCUGCUGCAUUUCCCUCCUCUCCGCCCUCCUCCCCCCUGCCGUUUGAUCUACUAGACGAGGAUGGGCGCUUGUCCCUCUGCCUGUGCCUGGGCCCCAUGGCCGUUACCAGCUUGCUGCAACUCUGUGAGAAGAAGGCGGGGAGGGUGGAGUGCAUGGUUGAGGGCAAGGGGAGGGAUGCGAGAGGAGGAGGGGAGGAUGGGGAUGAGGAUGAGGAGGAGGCGGAUGAGGCGGAAGAGGAUGCGUUAACCGUGGAUUUUGAAGGGAUGCAACUGGAGGGGAGGGACGCAUGGGACCAAGGGGAAGAGAAUGAGGAGGAGGAGGGGGAGGAGGAGGAAGAGGAGGAGGAGGAGGAGGAGGAGGAGGAGGAGGAGGAGGAGGAGGAGGAGGAGGAGGAGGAGGAGGAGGAGGAGGAGGAGGAGGAGGAGGAGGAGGAGGAGGAGGAGGAGGAGGAGGAGGGGGUGGUGCGGGUGCGAGGAGGAGACAGGGGCAGUGGUUCCCAGGCUUGUUCCGCGGUGUCUGCUAGUGCUGUUGAGAAGGCGCAGGCGGCAGUGCAGGAGGGGCUGGUGGGGGCGCUGGGGUCCGUGCGUGUGUUCCGCAACUUGCACCUGCCUGUCUUCCUGGGGGGCUCGCCGCUGGCCGUGUCCCACGCCUCUGCUGCUGCUGUCGGGGCCUCUGGUGAAGAGCUCACCCUCUGGCAUUUCACAGUGGAGGCAUGCUACCGCCGCGGCCUCAUACCACCCUCCACCGCCGUCACCCUCUUGCCCCUCCUCUCCUCGGGCCUUCCCCUCCUCCGCCUCGCCUCCCAGCCCUCCCCCUCCGCCUCUGUUGCGGCUGCUGCUGCCUCUGCCACCCCCCUCUCUGCCUCCUCCUCAUCCUCUGCGGCGCAGUCAGCCAUGGGGGGGUCGGCGGCUUGGUCGCAUUUCACGGCCAACGGCCCUCUCUCGCUUCCGCUCUUUGCCUCGCUGUCCGCCCAUCCAGCCACUAGUCAGGAGGAGCUGCUCCUGGCGUUUCACCUGGCGGCAUCGGAAUCACCCUGGGCGCCUGCAGCAGCGUCGGUGCUCUGUGGCGCCACACUCAGACUCAGCUGGCACCUGCAGGAGCUAGCAGCGUCCCUAGUGACGCACCUCCUAACCUCCCUGUCGCGCUCGGCCAUCCUCACUGCCUCUCGAGCCUACCCCACCAUUGCCGCCUCGCUCCCUCCUUUCUUCUCCCACGUCCCUCCUCACCCUUCCUUGCCUCCCCAUGCUGGCAAUUCGGCUUCUGCCGCACUGCUCUCAUCAACAUCACCAUCAGCUGCGGCGGUGGCAGCAGCAGCAGCAGCACCGGCGGCGGGAGCAGCAGUGGCAGCGGCGUCAGCUAUCUCGAUCUCGUCCCUGGAUCGCCUGCUGGCAGGGCUGCUGGGGCGAUCGGCCACCCAUGUGCUUCGAUUGCAUGGCCAGCUCCCCCGCGUUGCAGCCGCCCUGCUCCCCCUGACGGAGGCCUUUGGGCGCCUGCCCAUCCAGUCCGCGGACCGGGACACGGCAGGAGCUGCUCUCGCAGCCACGCUGCUCCCGGGCAGCCACAACAUCUUCUCCCGGGCAGCCGUGCUACUGCUUCUGGUGCAGGAGUCACUCGAGCCACUUUCGGUCACACUACACACGCUUUCCUCCUCCUCCUCCUCUUCGCCCUCCUAUCAUUCCUUUGCACAACCCUCUGCUGGUCCUUCCCCCCCUGCCGGCUCCAUCAGUCAUGGAAGGGUUUCCUGGCAACCCAGUGCAUGUGCUGUUAGUUGGGGGGAUCCGUCUGGUUGGGAGCGCCUGCAGGAGGGCCAAAGGGGUGGGCAGGGCGGGAGAGGGAGAAUGGGGAUGCGGGGAGGUGGGGCAGCAGGGAUGGGUGCAGUGGGCGUGGGUGCAGUGGGCAUGGGUGCAGUGGCCAUGGGUGGAUGCCAUAUGUCGCUGGACAUGCUAGUGUGCAUGGCUAACAGAGAGGCAACCGCUGUCAAUGAUGAUGCACAUGCUCAUGCUGCUGCUAGUGGUAGCCGCCCUGCUGCUGCUAGUGGUAGCCGCCUUGCUGCUGCUGGUGGUGCUGCUGCUGCUGAUGGUGCUGGUGGUGGCAUGGGAUUGUCAGAUGGUGCGGCGGCAGCAGAGGCAUCUGCAGCAGCAGCAGCAGCAGCAGCACCUCCUAUUAUUGCUCUUCUGAACCCGGCCUCCCUCCCCCACGCCCUCCCCCUCCUCAUGCUACACAACCCGAAUCACCCGCACACAUUCCCCACCACCAACACCACCACUACCCUCACCCCACGCAUCACUGCACCAUCCACAGCACACCCCCAUCCACCAUCCGCCCCCCCCUCCCGUGCGCAUGACCCACAUGAUUUAUGGGAGGUGCUGCGCCGAGUCGUGCCGGGGGCCCUGGGGAUAGCACACACCACACCAGGGGGGCCGGCAGCAGCAGGCAGAGCAGGAGGAGGAGGAGGAGGAGGAGGUGGAAGUGCUCUCUCCAAUCUGGUGGCGCUGGCCCCGCCAGCAGCAGCAGCGGUGUCGGCGUGCCUCUCCUCCUCCUUCGCCGCCUCCCACAUCGCCAUCCCCCUCUCUGCCCACCCCGACUGGCCUCAUGCCCUCAUCCCCCCCUCCUCCCUGCGUACCGCUCUCAACCACUUGAGAUUCGGGCUGCUGGAUAUGGGCCUCUACACUCCGCUCGUCCCAGCAGAGCCGCCCGCCAACCCCACUCUCCCCCUGCCCUUCGCUCUCUUCCUCUCCUUCGUGGCCGACCUCAAGCUCCGCUCCUCUUCCCGCUCCUCCACCCUGUCCUCCACCACCCCCCCAACUGCCUCCUCCACCCCCUUAUCCGCCACCUCCACCGCUGCCCACCCCACCCCUGCAUCCACUCUUUCCUCCUCCUCCGCGUCCUCCUCUUCGCGCUCCUCCUCCCCUGCUGGUAGCCCGUCCCCCCUGUAUCACCUGCUGCUGCUGCUCCUCCUGCGCGCUUCUUUCCAGGCAUCUCCAGCCGUCGGAGCCACAGUGCUUGCUGCAGCUCUUGCCGCUCCUGCCGUCCCUGCCGCCGCACCAGCAGCAGCAGGCAGCGCACCAAGCGCCACCCUCACAACCACAGCCAAUUCCACCGUCACCAGCCUUACUGGUACCACCACCGCCACCACCGCCACCACCAGCGGCAGCAGUGGCAGUGGCAGUGGCAGCAGCGGCAGCGGGGUGGGGUGUUUGGCUGCAAGGCUACCUCACAGAGCCGUGCUGGAGCCGGCUAUGGCUGAGCUGAUCUGCCACGAUGCACGACUGCUGGCUGGGCUGGCAGGCCAGGCCUUGCACGCCCUCUCCUACCGUGGGGCUGCCCAGCCCCCCCUGCCCCUCCUGCUGCUGCUCUCCCCUGCUGCUCUCGCCUCAGGCGCCUGGUCCUCCUGCCAUUUGAAUGCUGCUGCUUGCUCUUCUCCUGCUGCUGCUGCUGCUGGUGUUGCUGGUACCAAUGGUGGUGGUGCUGGUGGUGGUGCUGGUGCUGGUGCUGGUGCUGGUGCUGGUGCUGGUGCUGGUGCUGGUGCUGGUGCUGGUGCUGGUGCUGGUGCUGGUGCUGGUGCUGGUGCUGGUGCUGGUGCUGGUGCUGGUGCUGGUGCUGGUGCUGGUGCUGGUGCUAGCAAGCCUGGGACGGGCCUGAGAGGGGAUAGUGGCAACAGCGGGAAUGGCAGCAAGAACGGCAGCAGCGGCAGCAGCAGCGGAGCGUCCCGAGCAGCCUACUCCCUCCCCGCCCAUCGCAGCGGCAGCGUGGGAGACCUGGACGCGUCCUGCUCCCUCCUCGGCCUGCCUCCGAUCCCUCAGGUGCGAGACGCAGCACUGCCAGGCGCAGCAGGUGGGACCGCCGCUCCAGGGCUGGACCCCACAGAUCCGUCAGCAGCAGCAGGGGGAGGAGGAGCAGGAGGAGGCGGAGGGGGAGGAGAAGCAGGAGAAGGGGAAAGGGCACCUGGUGGUGCGGGCUCUGGUAAUCCGUCCAACCCCUCCCCCCUAGGGACUGGCACAGGCUCAGGUGGGUUGGCGGCAGGGGGGGGGCUGACAGCUGCCGGGGUGUGGCUGAGUCUUCCUGCUGUGCUCUCAGGGCGGGAGGGGCUGAUGUGUGACGCCGUGGUUGCUGCUGUCACCACUCAAGCAGCAGCCAUGGUGGUGGGCCGGGGAGAGGGAGGCUCCACACCUUGGGUUGCGGGCGGGCAGAUGGGAGGGCAAGGGGAGGGCGGGGGGGACAGAGGCGGGGGAGGUGCGGCAGCAGGAGGGGCUGCAUCUCCUGCUGCGGCUGCAGCAGCGGCGGCAGCGGCAAUGGCAAUGGGGGUAGGUGGGGGUAUGCUGGCAGGAGCAACAGCCGCCCCUGUACCGUCAACCCUGCCUCCUCUCCUCUCCUCCUCACCUCUCUGGUUCACCCCCUCUGCUGCUGCUGCCCUGUCCUCCUCUACCACUGUAGCAGCCAUGCUGCUCCAUCUGACAGGUGGCAGCGAGGGAUUGGGCGACCUGCUGUUCCGGGCCAUACCCGCAUGGCUGCAUGCCUGUGUCACCUCUUCGCCUGCUGCUGCUGCGCUUGCUGUCAACGCUGCUGCUGCCGCCGCUGCCACCGCUCCUAGUCUCGCCCGUGCUCCUGCUCCCCCUGGCUCUGCAUCCUCUGCCUCCGUUGCCAAGGCACCAGGUACUGCAGGGACUCCUGGUUCUGCUUCUACGCCUGCUGCUGCCGCUGCCGCUGCUGCUGCCGCUGCCGCUGCUGCUGAUGGUGGUAUCUUUGCUGCUGCGGCGCUGGCUGCUAGUCCCUUUCCGCCCUCCUUCCUAGAGAGCACAGUGGAAGAACUUCAAUGCUUCGCCCUUGCAUCCCUCGCAUUCAAGUGCCUGCUCCUGGCUUCAGGCAACCCCUCAACCACUGCUCCCACCGCCACCACCGCCACCACCGCCACCACCGCCCUCACUCUCACCGGCGCCAACCUACCCUUUCCCCGCUCACAGCCCAGCACAAGACUGCAGGAGCUGUUCUCGUCCCAUUGGACGGCACUAGCCUCCACCCAGAGGCGCUCCGAGCCUGGAAAACUCCCAAUCGGCCCCGCAUGGCACUCGCACUCACAUUCACAUUCACAUUCGCACUGGCAUUGGCACUGGCAUUGGCACCUGUACGCAGUGUCUUUUGUGUCGCUUGCGCUGCAGUGGGCGCCAGCAUGGGUGCAGGAGCUGGGGGAGGGCCCCCUGGGGAGCAUGGCAGCGUGCCUGGCGGCGUGUGGGGAGAGCGAGCUCGCCAGGCGGGUCACCCAGGUAGGGUGGAGGGCACGCCCGGGACUGGCGCUGCAGGUGGCCAUCGGCGGGUAGCAGGUGGACGAGGUGGUGGGAGGUGAGGUGUUGUGUUGUACGUACUGUUGAAUGGAAACCCAGUUCUUGGUGGGGAAUGGCAAGAGCCGGUAGUGUGGCAGGGCAGUGCGCUGCACAUCCCCUUUGGGUUUGGGGUGUGCGUUUCAGUUAUUGUUGAGAGGAGAGGAGGGAGGGAUCUUCCUGGCCUGGUGGUGAAGUGCAGCAGUCUCUGAUUGAGCGUACCGUACCUGCCUGCCUAGACAACUAGCAGGUUCUUCUUGGCUCCUGGUUAAAGCGGCUACACCAGAAAAUUGUCAUUAUUCAAUAAGGUAUCUUGCUUGCC